GUUUUUAUGAUAUGCAUAUUAAUAUUUAUCUAUAAUUGGCAGUUCAGAAUACAACCGGUAAUACUAGAUGUAAUAAAUGUUUAUGUUUGGGAUGAUAUAUGUUUGUUAGUUUUAAAGGACUUCUAACCCGAUGAAAUAAUGAAAAGGUAUCGUAGAGAAAAGGAAUCUUCUGAAUCAGAUCUUGAAAAAGAGGUAGAAGAUUACGUACCAUACGUACCAAUUAAAGAAAGAAAAAAACAAGCUCUUGCUAAGUACAAGAAAGCAGAAAAAGUUAAAGAAAUAGAAAAAGAGAGCGACGACGAAGGAAAAAAAGACCAGGAGAUUGAAAUAAAGAAAAAUGCUGUUAGUUUACUUGACCAGCAUCAUGUUCUUAAAGAGCAGGCGGAGUUGAUCAAAGAAACUGAAAUUGAAAAACGUUUAAAAGAAGAACAAAAAAUUUUAGAAAGUAUUGCAGAGCAUAAAGCGUUAAUGGCAGCCACAGAGCUUGCUCAUGGAAUUACAUACACAGAUCCUAUAAAAACGUCUUGGGUUCCUCCUCGUUAUGUUUUGAAUUAUUCAGAAGAAAGACACGCACAAACACGAAAAAGAUAUUGUAUAUUAGUUGAGGGACACAAUGUACCUCCUCCUUUAAAGCGUUUUAAAGAUAUGAAGUUUCCGAGAUCUAUUUUGCAAUGUUUAAAACGGAAAGAUAUAAAAAGUCCUACGCCAAUUCAAAUGCAAGGCUUGCCAACUGUGUUAUCUGGUCGUGAUAUGAUAGGAAUAGCAUUUACAGGGUCGGGAAAAACACUGGUUUUCACUCUUCCAAUUGUUAUGUUUUGCGUAGAGCAAGAGAAGGUGUUACCGUUUAGAAAAGGUGAAGGACCUUACGGUUUGUUAAUAGCUCCAUCUCGGGAGUUAGCAAAACAGACAUAUGAUAUAAUUCUAGAAUUCUCUGAAUCUUUGCGUAUGGACGGUGCUCCGACGCUUAAAAUUCUUCUUUGUAUUGGCGGAACAUCGGUAAAAGAUCAAGCGGAAAAUAUAAAACACGGUGUUCACAUUGUUGUAGCAACUCCAGGUCGUCUUAUGGAUUUGCUAAAUAAAAAGCUUAUAACGUUGGAUGUGUGUAGAUUUUUGUGUUUGGAUGAAGCUGAUCGCAUGAUUGAUAUGGGCUUUGAAGACGAUGUUCGAACUAUAUUUUCUUAUUUUAAAGGACAGCGACAAACGCUUUUAUUUAGCGCUACAAUGCCAAAAAAAAUACAGAACUUUGCCCGAAGUGCACUUGUACAACCUGUUACCGUUAAUGUUGGUCGAGCAGGAGCAGCAAGUUUAGAUAUUAUUCAGGAAGUUGAGUACGUUAAACAAGAAGAGAAAAUUUUAUUCUUACUUAAAUGUUUACAGAAAACUGCACCUCCUGUACUUAUUUUUGCUGAAAAAAAGUCUGAUGUUGAUGAUAUACAUGAAUAUUUACUACUUAAAGGUGUAGAAGCUGUAGCUAUACACGGUGAUAAAGCUCAAGAAGAACGUCAUCGCUCGGUUACUCAAUUUCGUGAACGGAAGAAAGACGUCUUAGUUGCUACCGACGUAGCAUCUAAAGGACUUGAUUUUCCGAAUAUUCAACACGUGAUCAAUUAUGACAUGCCAGACGAUAUUGAAAACUAUGUUCAUCGUAUCGGAAGAACCGGUCGAUCUGGAAAAACUGGCUAUGCCACAACUUUCAUAAACAAGAACUGCGAGGAAUCCGUCUUAAUGGAUUUGAAACACCUUCUUAUCGAAGCUAAGCAGAAAGUACCGUUAUGUUUAGCGGAAAUGGAAUCGAAGGAUCCAUAUUUAAAUCUUGGGGACACUCAAGGUUGUUCUUAUUGUGGGGGUCUUGGUCAUCGUAUAACAGAAUGUCCGAAACUGGAAGCAAUGCAGACGAAGCAAGCGGUAAAUAUUGGCAAAAAUGGAUAUCUUGCAAGCAACGCCGCUGACUAUUAAAUAAUACAUAAAUUAAAAGAAUCUUUUAAGUUAUCUGUUUUAAUGUCUCUCUUUGUUUUUCUCAUGAAAUACAAGUAUUGUAAAAUUAUUAUUUAGGCUUAAAAUCACUUUUUAUUAAUAUAA